AUGAGCAGCACAACCUCCGAAUUCAUUCCGAACGAUAUUGUGAGCACAAACGAUCUCGCCUUGCUUGAUUUAUAUUUAAAUGAAAAACAAAAACUAGGCUCGGACGAUGAAAAAGCGAUAUUUAGUGCUUUGAAUAAGUCUAGUAAAAUUUAUUUGGAAAAGAAGUAUCCUUCUAGAGGAAUUAAGAAAGAAGUUAAGGAUUUAAUUGGAGAUCAAAACAUUGAAGCUGUUUAUCAAGACCUCAUCAAGAAGAGAUUAAAUUUUCUGGAAUUAGUUGAAAAGAGACUGAGCAAUUGCAUAAAUUUUAUUGAAAAUCAUCAAGAUAAAGAGUUAAAUAUGAAAAUUGUAGAACAAUUUGUCAACAGCUUUGAAUUCAUCACUCCAGCAAGAGAAUUAUUAGAUUCAUCACAAAAAAAAAGAAAGAAUACUGAAGAGGAAUUAGAUCACAUUCAAGCAGCAGCCUCCGAAAACAACGAAUCCUCACAACCAAGCAAGCAGAAAUCUACUGAGUUGGAAUCUGCAAAGAAAAAGAGAAAAUUUAAGAGUAAAACUCAGAAAGAUAAUACUUCAGAAAACAUCUCCUCAGACACAAUUCAACAGAUUCUACUUUCUGUACUACAGACCAUAGAAAAACAAAAUAUUGCCGAAAGCUUCUUACACCCCGUGGAUAAGAACAUUGUAAAUUAUUAUGAAUCCAUUCUUUGCCCAAUGAGCAUUGCUGACAUUAAGAAAAAAGUCACUCACGGUGAUAUUGUCUCUGUGUCUGAGUUAAAAAAGACUUUAUUUCUAAUGUUUCAAAAUUGCAUCAUGUUUAGUGGUGCUGAUUUUGAUAUUCACCAUCAUGCCAAACAACUAAGGAAGUUAGCUAGGACGUUAUGUUUAGAGGCAGAGCAGAAAGAGGUGUUAUUGAAACAAAAUUAA